CCAGUGAACCCCAAGCCAUUUCUUGCUGAUCUGACUGGCCUUUCCGUCGUUGUGAAACUUAAAUGGGGAAUGGAAUAUAAAGGAGUGCUAAAAUCAACAGAUAAUUACAUGAAUAUCCAACUAGAGAAUACACAGGAAUUCAUUGAGGAUCAGUUCCAGGGAGAUCUUGGUGAAGUUUUGAUCAGGUGCAACAAUGUGCUCUAUGUUAGA